UUCUGAUGUUGCACGACGGGAAAUGCUUUGAAUACUUGCGACAUGGCUGCGCGCAUUGAUUGCCAAGAUUGACAGCAGCUCUACCCAUCGUCUUCUGUCGUCUGAGUGUGUGUGUGAGGGAGAGAGAUAAAGAACAGAUAAGACAAACAACAAAAGUACUUGUAAGUGUCGGACAACUGAACUUCCCAGAGAGUGUGCGGGAUCCCCUCCUAUGGCCCCGUGCGAGCAGUAAGUUUUCGCUCAACAGAUAGCUCAGUGAGCCCUCUCUGUAAACUGCAGUCCAGUCUAGUUUUCUUUUGCGCACGGGAAAGGACGCACAAUUACCUUCUCCACGGCUCACAACUUCAAGGUUAUUUACAUGAAUUCAAAACCAAUCGACCAGUGAUCGCUGGAAGCUGGGGAUUAAGUCUUUCAGUUUUUAACCCCACACGCUGACAUGGAGGGCUUUCUUCGUAGCAGCUUUUUACUGAGCAGAGUCAUGUCUUCCAAGCAAGCCACAUCUCCUUUUGCCUCUGUGGUUGACGGGGAUGAUGCCAUGAGUCAGGAGCACUUGUCUUGGGAGAAGGAUGAGAGCGCAGAGGCCCACGGUACACCACAGCUGCCCCUGCACAGUCUGCUCCAUGGAAAAGCCCCAGACGAGCUGCAGCAGCUCAGCAGUGUACCGUCAGAGAGUGACUGGGACAGCCUGGUGUCAGCCCAGCACCGCAUGGAAUCUGACAGCAAUAAAGUAUGUUCCCUCUACUCCUUCCGGAACAAUUCCACUUCCCCACACAAGCCUGAGGAGGGGGCCAGGGAGCGAAGUGACCUGCUGAGCGGAUCAGCGUUUGGAACUCCGGAGCGCCGCAAAGGAAGCCUGGCAGACGUAGUGGAUACGCUGAAGCAGAAGAAGCUGGAGGAGAUGACAAAGACAGAGCAAGACGAAUCUUCAUGCAUGGAGAAACUUCUUUCUAAAGAGUGGAAAGAGAAAAUGGAAAGGCUCAACACUAGUGAACUGCUAGCAGAAGUCAAAGGUACUCCAGAGAGCCUGGCAGAAAAGGAGCACCAGCUCUCCACAAUGAUAACCCAGCUGAUCAGCUUGAGAGAGCAGCUCCUGGCUGCCCACGACGAACAGAAAAAGCUCGCUGCGUCACAAAUGGAGAAACAGAGGCAGCAAAUGGAGUUAGCUCGUCAGCAGCAGGAGCAGAUUGCAAGACAACAGCAGCAGCUCCUGCAGCAGCAGCACAAAAUCAAUCUCCUCCAGCAGCAGAUCCAGCAGGUCCAGGGUCACAUGCCUCCGCUCAUGAUCCCCAUUUUUCCACACGACCAACGCACUCUAGCAGCAGCAGCUGCCGCCCAGCAAGGCUUUCUCUUUCCUCCGGGAAUGUCUUACAAGCCAGGUGAUAACUACCCGGUACAGUUCAUUCCAUCCACAAUGGCAGCUGCGGCAGCGUCAGGACUCAGCCCCCUCCAGCUCCAGCAACUGUAUGCUGCCCAGCUUGCCAGCAUGCAGGUCUCUCCAGGAGCCAAGAUGCCUCCACUUCCCCAGCCACUCAAUGCGAGCGGGCCUAUUUCUCCCUCGUCUCUGAAGAAUGACAAGAGUUCCUCCAGCCCCAUUACUCAAGUCAAGGAGGAGGGAACACAGCCUCUCAACCUGUCUGCUCGGCCAAAGACUACAGACCUGGUCAAAUCUCCAACAUCGCCGACACAAAACCUAUUCCCCGGCAGUAAAAGCAGCCCAAACAGUCUCCUGGGCAAGGGGGGGAUUCCCAGCCCACUUGGAGGAGGUCUGGGCAGAGGCUCAUCUCUUGAUAUUCUGUCAAGCCUAAACUCUACCGCGCUGUUUGGGGACCAGGACACAGUGAUGAAGGCCAUCCAGGAGGCUCGGAAAAUGAGGGAGCAGAUCCAGCGGGAACAGCUGCAACAUCACCAGCAGGGCAUGGAGGCGAAGCUGUCCGCCCUCAAUUCAGUGGGCCUCAACAACUGCAGAAUUGACAAGGAGAGAGCGCACUUUGACAGCAUUGGGCAUCACCUCGGCAAGCUGGGUGAGGAAGCAAAAAUCGGCCACAGAGUGAUUGACCUCACAAGGCCAGAGGAUCUAGAUGGGUCUAAAGAAGUGAAUGGCUCUGCAGAUAAACCCCAACCCUAUUAUUGUUGGCCAACAGGAGGCGCUGGUGCUACUGAAGCGCGAGUCUUCAGGGAAUCCCGAGGAAGGAACAGCAACGAGCCCCACAUUAAAAGACCAAUGAACGCAUUCAUGGUGUGGGCUAAAGACGAACGACGCAAGAUCCUACAGGCCUUCCCCGACAUGCACAAUUCCAACAUAAGCAAGAUUUUGGGUUCUCGCUGGAAGUCUAUGUCUAAUCAGGACAAGCAGCCAUACUACGAAGAGCAGGCCCGUCUGAGUAAACUCCAUCUAGAGAAGUAUCCAAACUACAAAUACAAGCCACGGCCGAAGAGGACCUGCAUUAUUGACGGAAAAAAACUUCGUAUCGGAGAGUACAAGCAGAUGAUGCGCUCACGGCGACAAGAGAUGAGGCAGUUUUUCACUGUGGGACAGCCGCCACAGAUCCCCAUCACAACCAGCGCCAACAUGGUCUACCCAGGGGCCAUCACCAUGGCGACGACCACGCCGUCACCUCAGAUGACAUCGGAGUGCUCGAGUGCCUCGGCGAGUCCCGAGCCGUCCAUCCCCGUCAUCCAGAGCACCUACAACAUGAAGCUAGAGCCCAACGCCAUGGCCAACAACAGCGAGCCGGUCAACGGCGAGGACGAGAUGGACAUGUACGAAGAUUUUGAGGACGAGCCCAAAUCAGACUAUAGCAGUGAAAAUGACACACAAGAGCCAGUCAGCGCCAACUGAGGCCAAACGCAGACACAACACUCACACAGGAGGACGCCCAGAGAGCCGGUCUGAGCAGAGGGAGAGAAAGAGCAAAAGAAAA